GAGAAACUUCCACGGCCCAUUCACCAUGCCGAAUAUACCUCAGGAUACGCAGAAGACCUUGGAGGUCAAAAUACGACCAUAUUCCAACCAGAACAGCCAAGAGAGACCAGAUCAGAAGGGGGCAUCACGUGUCCAUCUUUGCAGAGAGGCACUUCUUGACCUGAAGCUGGAGUCGGGACAGGUCUGCUACAUUUCGAGGGUGAACGUGCCAGAGAGUGAGAGGAGAGAGGCUCUUGCUUGGCUGACAGCGGAGAAGUCUUUGAGCAAGAAGGUCGUCCAGAUGUCGAAGUCGUUCCAGGACGCUUGUGGCUUCAAGUUAGGGGAUGAUGUGAAAAUCUCCGCUGGAGGAGAUAUUGAGGUUGCUACAUCUAUUGUGCUGAGAGAUAUCACAGCUCAAGAGCUCGAUACCGCUCUAGAGCUGGGAGCUCAAGAUAAGCCACACUGGGAAUGGUUUCUUCGGGAAAGCCUCGGUCGUGCAGAAGUUAUCUUUCCGGGUAUGACCUUCAAGCAUCUAUCUCUUAGGGGCCCCAAGCGGACUUUCACCGUUGACUUUGUCAAUGGCAAACUGACUAGCUUGGGAAGAUAUGAUGAGUCCUCAUCAGUCACAAUAUCAAGUCCGUUAGAAAACCUACCUUCAGCGCAGACAAAUGGACCAGUGUCACCACUUGAGGUUGUCAAUAUCGCCGGCAUUGAUCAAGCACUCAAGAAACUCAACCGAUUUCUAAGCAACUUCGGUCGACAGUUCAAGUUUACGUGGGCGCAAAGAUCUUGUGCAGUUCUUUUACACGGCGGCCAUGGUACUGGCAAGACUUUCAUCCUGAACAAGAUUAUUGGCACAGGUUGGGGCAAGGUUAUCCGAAUCGAGAGUGAUAUCAAACCAGCAACAAUUCGGACCAUCUUCAAAGAUGCUAGACUCUGUCAACCAUGCAUCAUUGUCGUCGACGAGCUCGAAUCGAUUGUUUCGAAGGAGGAUGCGACGUCCCAAAGCGUUGCAAAGGCACUCGGGGAAGAACUUGAUGGCUUAUCUCAAGGCAACGGCGGUACUUCCUUACCACGAGUUUUGGUGGUUGCAGCCACUCUUGAUGCGGGCAGUAUUCCAUUAUCUCUAAGAAAGAGAGGGCGAUUCCGGACGGACAUCCCAUUACCGAUUCCCGAUGCGGCGGCACGCAAGGCAAUUCUCAAGUCGCUGGUACCACCUGUUGAUCCCAGUACUCGGGACGAGAUGCUUGACAAACUUGGAGAUCGAACACAUGCUUAUACAGCAGAGGAUCUUGUUUCAUUGCUAGAUACAGCGUGUGAGAUUGCUGAGGAGAGGUUUGAGGCUGGUGACUGUGCAACUCAUGAAGAAGAGUGUUUCCUGAAACAGGAUGAUCUUGAUCAAGCUCUUCUCCUCGUUCGGCCUACUGCCAUGCAUGAUAUCACGCUUCAACCACCAAGUGUAAGAUGGGAAGAUAUUGGCGGACAGGACAGCGUGAAGAAUGCACUCCGCCGCGCUGUUGAGACACCUCUCCUACAUCCCGAACGGAUGAAGAGAAUGGGUGGAUCUGCCAAAAAAGGCCUCCUCCUCUACGGCCCUCCAGGUUGUUCCAAGACGCUCAGUGCCCAAGCCAUGGCUACAGAGAUCGGCUUCAACUUCUUCGCUGUCAAGGGCGCAGAGUUGCUCAACAUGUACGUCGGCGAAUCAGAACGGGCAGUACGAGAUAUCUUCGCGAGAGCACGAGCAGCAAGUCCAAGUAUCAUCUUCUUCGAUGAGAUCGAAUCCAUUGGAAGCAAGAGGGAACGAGGAGGCCGAAAUAAUGGCGUCAACGUUCUCACGACAUUGUUGAAUGAAAUGGAUGGUAUUGAAACUCUAAAAGGAGUUACUGUACUUGCUGCUACUAAUCAACCUCAAGCUUUGGACCUAGCUCUCCUUCGCCCUGGCCGUUUCGACAAGCUAUUAUAUGUGGAACCACCCGAUUUUGACGGCCGAGUUGCAAUCCUAAAAGUCAAACAACGAAAAAUGGACUUCGCAGAAGAUGUUGACAUACAAGAACUCGCUAGGUUGACCGACGGUUAUUCAGGAGCUGAAUUAGUUGGCAUUUGCCAGACAGCUUGUGACGACGUGAUCGAGCAGUGCGAAAUUCAAGGACAGGAACAACAGAUUCACAUGGAAGAUUUCUUGAAGGCUAUUGGCCAGGUCAAGAAGCAAAUUACGCCGGAGUUGCUUGAUGGAUAUAAGCGAUGGGGAGCUGGCGCCACGGGAGAUGUGGAUUAGAUGGAGGAACUUGCUUUCGAUACCCAUACACAGAAUAGAUCAUAGACACGAAAUAAUCAUGGAGUUCCUGCAAG